CAGGAAACUUCGGUCAUAGCAGUCUUCCUGGACCCACCUAUUUAGCUCCCCAUUUACAGGGGUUGCACAUGCCACAUGCUGCGAUAACUUGCGGGUCUGGAAGCAAAGAUCAUGCCCCACAAUCAAGGCUGAUUGGAACGGCUCCAGGCGGCAUCGCAUCGGCUUUCGGCGCGGGCACCUCGCAACAAAAUGUGAAUGAUAUCUGCCACACCCCAUCCAUCCACACGUCCUGCAAACCCGUCAUCAUGGCACCGGCAGCAGGAAAGCGCGUCAAAGGCGUGCAAAUAUUCCGCCCCUUCGUAUACGGCACCACGGCGCGCCCGUUCGACGAAAAGACCAACCCCAAACCGCCCGGCAUUCCCGACGACCACACCCACUCCUGGACCGUCUUCGUCAAGGGCAUCGACGAUGUCGACAUCACCUACUGGCUGCGGCGCGUACAAUUCAAGCUGCACGAGUCCAUCCCGAACCACAUCCGAAUGAUCGAAGGCGAAAAGGGCAAGCCCUUCGAGCUGCACGAGACAGGCUGGGGCGAGUUCGAGAUCGCGAUCAAGCUGUACUACGCGCCCGAGUCGGCCGAGAAGCCGCAGACGCUGUACCACCACCUGCGCCUACACCCGUACGGGCGCACCGAGGAGGAGAAAGAAGCCAUGCGGCUCAACGGCGGGCAGGUGAUCUCGUGGGCGUACGAGGAGCAGCUGUUCAACGAGCCGUACGAGCCGUUCUACGAGCUGCUCACCUCGGGCGCCAUGCCGCCGGCGGCGCCGCCGCCGCCCAAGUCUUCGGGCUCGAAGAGCAGCAGCAGCGGCGGCGGCAGCAAGGGGAAGGAGAAGGAUGCCGGGAAGCAGGUGGUCGCGAGCCGGACCGAGGGCGGCGUGCUGGAGCGCAGCGCCAUGAUCCCGCUGACGAACCGGCCGGGCCAGCCGUUCAGUCGGGAGACGGAGCAGGUCGAGAUCAAGAAGCUGAAGGAGGCGCUCGUGAAGGUGGAGGCGCUGAUGGCAAAGACCAAGGAGGAGGUGCAGGCGAAGGAGAAGAGGUUGAAAGAGCUCAAGAUGGAGGCAGCGAAGGGGUAAAGGGUGGGAGGUUUUCUAAGAGGGGGGGAUAGGGGGUAAGAGAG